GGCAAGGCAGAGUUUUCAGUCAAACGUAAAAAAGCCAAAAGGAUCGUUGAAAACAGUUACAAUGAAUAUAAAAGUGAAGAAGGAGAGGCCUUAGGCCUAUUCUUUUGAGCUUUAGCUUUAUUUUUCAGAUUUUCUUCCUCUCUUUAUUGAGAUGGCCAGAGGUUUUCUUUGAUCAUAAGUUCUGAAUUCUCAGCAUUCAAUAUGAUGGAGGCAUCACCAAGUACAGAUCCGCCUACAACCACGAAUCCGCCUGCAACCACAGACCCCCCUACAACUACAGACCCACCAGCAAGUACAGACCCUCCUGCAGGUGAUGUAGAAAAUGAUCCGGGCAAGAUCAAAGAUGCAAAAGAGGCAGGUCCUGCAUUUCACUGUGAUAUUUGUGAUGCAGAACUGCUUUUCAAGAUAACUCAAGCGCUCCUCCCAGGGUUAGCUACUGCUUGUGUUGACAAUACAACAGGUGGUGUUUUCACGUCCCCGGGUUCAGUAGCUGCGGACUUAAGAAAAGAAUUGGUGGAGUAUCUUACACAAAGAACUGAAACUUAUGUGGCUGAAUCUGUUGUCUUGGAAGGUGCUCCAGAGGUGGAAGCAUUUGACAAUCCUUAUGAUAUCAUUGCUUUUCUUAUUGAUGAGUUUGCUGUUUCAAAGAGGAAUUUAUUUAGUCGGGUUUCAGCAUUGCUACUAAGCGAGAGGAGAGAAGACAGUAUCGACGAUUUUGCUCACCAGAUGGAAAUUAAUGGGUUUUGGCCGGUUGACAAGAGAGAAGCGAUUGUACAAACUCUGCUGAAGAAUGUUGAUGUCAAGAACGAAUAUCACUGUAACAUGAAAUUUGAAACUGCAGAAGAACUUUUGCUGCAUAUGCCAACUUGCAGCUUUAGGGUAAUGACCUGUUCAAGUGAAGGGUGUGACGCUAGAUUUUCGGCUAACAGAGCAGAGAAGCACGAUUCAGUUUGCCCUUUCAAGAUAAUUCCAUGUGAACAGAAGUGCCCAGAUUUCCUCAUGAGACGUGAUAUGGACAGACACUGCAUAACUGUCUGUCCGAUGAAGCUCGUGAACUGUCCUUUCUUUUCAGUGGGUUGCAAAGCAGCCGUACCUAGUUGUAAAAUUGAAGAACAUCAAUCUGAAGAACUCCAUUAUCACAUCCUUUAUAUUCUUCAAGGCAUGUACAAGGAAGCAUCUGAGGAGGUUUUAAAAGAACGGGUUGAUAAAAUAGAGGAGAAAGCUGGUUCUAGGCUAGCAAAUGCGAAAACUGUGCGAUCUCUAACAUCGAAAGUCAAGGAUAUAGACGCGAAGCUCCCACCCUUGGUAAUUGAGACAGAGAAAAAAGAGGAAGAAACUUCAGAGGUAGAAGCAAAGCCUGAAUCUACUGAAGUUAGUGGCACAAAUGAGAAUUCUGAAAAUGCUGCCAAAACUAAAGAAGCAAAUUCCAGAGCAUUGCCUCCAUUAGAAGUUACUCCAUCAAGCAAAAAUAGUGAAGAAGCUAAGAAAAGUGAGACUAAGGAUUCCGAAGCACAGCCGCUGUCACUAGAUAUCCCGCCAUUAAUGAGAGAUGGUGAAGAAGUUUCUGAAACCGAAACCAAGGAUCCUGAACCAAAGCUGCCUUCGCAAGAAGUUCCACCAUCAAAUGAAAAUAGUGAAGAAGCUUGGAAGACUGUUGUCGAGGAUAAUGAAGCUCCUGAAGCAACAAUGGAGAAUUCUGUCAAGGGUUUGGAUGUUAAAGAACGAAACUAGUGAAGAUUGAAGAUGGCAAAAGGCGCUUCAUGCCAUAUGACUUUAACCAGCCAUUGACUUGAUAUGAAGAAAGCUUCAGCCUCUACAAUAUAUAGCUGUAUGUGGAUUUGCCCCCCAAUAUUAUUUAAUUCUGGUUGAAUUUUGGAUCAAUAUUUUUUUACCCUU